CUGAAAACAAAAAGUCACACGCACACGGAGAGAGGCACUGAGAGAGAGAGAGAGAGAGAGAGAGAACUCUCACUCUUCUUCUUCCUCCUCCCGGCGAGAGAGAAGUCAUGAGCCUCUUCGGUCUCGGCAGAAUCAUUUAACGGAUUGUAGCUCUUGAAGAGUAAAGGGAAGUGAGAGAGAUGCUGAGCAUACUGGUGUAUAACAAAAACCAAAGGACAUUUCGCCCCAAAAAGAGUGCACCAUCAGGGAGUAAGGGGGCCCAGCUUAGAAAGCACAUUGAUGCAACUCUAGGGAGUGGAAACCUCCGGGAGGCUGUAAGACUUCCUCCUGGUGAAGAUCUGAACGAGUGGCUUGCUGUCAACACUGUGGAUUUCUUCAACCAGGUUAAUCUGCUCUAUGGUACCCUUACUGAGUUCUGUACUCAUGAGAACUGUCCUACCAUGACUGCAGGCCCCAAGUAUGAAUAUAGGUGGGCAGAUGGUGUGCAAAUUAAGAAACCUAUUGAAGUUUCCGCUCCAAAAUAUGUUGAAUAUCUAAUGGACUGGAUUGAGACUCAGCUUGAUGAUGAAUCCAUAUUUCCUCAGAAGCUUGGGGCCCCGUUCCCUCCUAACUUCAAGGAGGUUGUUAAGACAAUAUUCAAGCGGCUUUUCCGCGUAUAUGCGCACAUCUAUCAUUCUCAUUUUCAGAAGAUCGUGAGCCUGAAAGAGGAGGCCCACCUGAACACCUGUUUCAAGCAUUUUAUCCUGUUCACCUGUGAAUUUGGGCUCAUAGACAGGAAGGAGCUUGCCCCUCUUCAGGAGCUGAUAGAUUCUAUAAUCGUCCCAUACUGAAUAUGGAGCAGCCUGCGCAUCCUAUGACAGUGAAAGUUAGUCAAGAGGCAUAUGAAAUAAUAAUAGUCUAAAUGGAAAAAAGAAAGAAAGAAAAACUGCCUGUUUAGUAAGUUUCGAAUUCCAUAUUUUCUGUUGCUACCUGUUUGCUAGGUGGACUCUAUGUCAGUUCUAAAUCCUUUUGGCUCUUAGAAAACUGUUCUGGAUCUUAUAUCGGUGUGCCAUUCUGAUGGUGUAUAUUUUGCAAACAACGCUUUGCAAAUUGCUUUACAGGGAAUGCGCAAAGUUGAAAAGCAAUGGCUGCUCUAUAUUAAGCUUUUGUC